UGGAGAUGGAUGGGGAUGACCCCCGAGCCCGGGUCCCUGGCGCACACAGAACAGGACCCACACAGCACCAUACGGGCCAGACUUGGUUUGAGACCACCCGGAGAGAGAAGAAAUGAUGCUUGAGUUUACUGUCAGAGGCGGGUCCCUCACAUCCCGCUCACCUGUGGGGCGCACAGGCGGGGCCUGCUGGCGGCCCGCGGGUUGCGUCAUCACCUCGCGCCGCGAGCUCGGCUCUCCACGUGGACUGCGUGGCAUGAUGGCGGGAGCCGAAGCCCCCCAGCCGCAGAAGCGCUACUACCGGCAGCGCGCCCACUCCAACCCCAUGGCAGACCACACGCUGCGCUACCCUGUGAAGCCAGAGGAAAUGGACUGGUCUGAGCUUUACCCAGAGUUCUUUGCUCCGCUUGCUCAAAAUAAGAGCCAUGAUGAUCCAAAGGAUGAGAAAGAAAAGCACUCUGGGGCCCAAGUGGAGUUUGCAGACGUAGGCUGUGGCUAUGGUGGCUUGUUAGUGGCACUGUCACCACUCUUCCCAGAUACCCUGAUUCUGGGUCUGGAGAUUCGGGUGAAGGUGUCGGACUAUGUGCAGGACAGGAUUCGGGCCCUCCGUGCAGCUCCCGGGGGCGGAUUCCAGAACAUCGCCUGUCUCCGAAGUAACGCCAUGAAACACCUUCCUAACUUCUUCCGCAAGGGCCAGCUAGCAAAGAUGUUCUUCCUCUUCCCGGACCCACACUUUAAGCGAACGAAGCAUAAAUGGAGAAUCAUCAGCCCCACGCUUCUGGCAGAGUAUGCCUACGUGCUGAGAGUCGGGGGCCUGGUGUACACCGUCACCGACGUGCCGGAGCUGCAUGAGUGGAUGUGCACCCACUUUGAAGAACACCCACUGUUUGAGCGUGUGCCGUUUGAAAAGCUAAGUGAAGACCCCAUUGUGGAACAUCUAGGCAGUUCAACUGAGGAAGGAAAGAAAGUUCUACGCAAUGGGGGAAAGAAUUUCCCAGCCGUCUUCCGAAGAAUACAGGAUCCCCUCCUCCAGGCAGUGACCCCCAACCCCACCCUGCCUUAGCCGGACCCCCUAGAAGGUGACUGGAAAAAAGAUCAAAAAAAAAGAAAGAAAGAAAGAAAGAAAGCCGGGCAUGGUGACGCACACCUUUUAUCCCAGCACUCGGGAGGCAGAGGCAGAGGCAGGCAGAUUUCUGAGUUUGAGGCCAGCCAGGGCUACACAGGGAAACCCUGUCUCGAAAAACCAAAAAAAAAAAAAAAAAAAGGUCAGCUUUCCAGGCCUUCCCAGACUGGUGGGACUGUGGGGCCGUGACCUCUCCAAGAAGUCGGGGAACAGUCUGUGGUGUUCUUUACCCAUCGCUCUUACUGCCUUUUUGUUCCUCCACUGUCUGAAGAAAUCAGAUGAAGCUGGCUGAGAAGGUCAAAGGACCGUGGGCCAGAGGGGAUAUUUGGAGGGCUGUGGGUAUUCUGUUCUCACUGAGCACACCCUCCCCGCCCCCACCCUGGGGGGGGGGCUUCUCUAGCUCGGGUGAAGCAUGUGAUGCCCACUGUUUAGUCUGUGUGUGUGGAGAAACAUGUGAUGUACCACUG